UUUCAGAUAUUUAAUUAUAUUAUUUAUAAAAAUUAUAAUAAAAAAGUAUAUAAAAAAAUAAAAAGAAAAUAAUAAUUGAAGUGAUUAGUUUUUUUCCCAAAAAAAAAAAGGAAAAAUGUUGAGUAGGUAGUUAAAACGGCUAAACUAGUUAAGUUUCUAUAUUUGCAUAUACAAAACUGGAUUGUUGAAAAUCCCAUCCCUUAAUUAACUUUCAUCAGUUACACUCCCUACAAUCUUCUCAUUUUCCUCUUAAGCAGCUCAAGAAAGCUAAAUUUAUUGUAGUAGAAAAGCAAUCACAAGCCUAAUCCUCUUCCUCGCCAAUUCUUUAUUAGUACCCUCUCAAGAUCCUCAUUCUAAGCAUCUCCAAUCAUCCUUUUUUCUUUCUGAUAAACAAGCUCAUCAGGCACCAAAAGGCUUAUAAUCAUAAUGGCUUUCAAGAUUAUGACUCUCCUUCUGGGUCUCACUUUGGUCAUAGCAAGUGCAACUGCAGCUAGGGAUGUUCCCUUCAUAUCAGGCAACAGCCUUGAAGCAAGGAUUGAGGGUAGUAGUAGUAGUAGUCUGGUUGACUGCUGGAACGCAUUGAUAGAGAUCAAGUCUUGCUCGAAUGAAAUCAUCUUGUUCUUCCUUAAUGGCCAUACUGAUAUUGGAGCUGACUGCUGUCGUUCUAUUGCUAUUUUCACCCACAACUGCUGGCCUGCAAUGCUUACUUCCAUUGGUUUCACUGCUGAGGAAGGGAACAUACUCAGAGGCUAUUGCGACAAUGCGUCUUCUUCUUCGACUUCUGUUGCUCCUGUUGCUGCUCCUCCCCUUGCAGCUGGCCGGUCCUUGCAAUAUUAGCCACAGGCCAAUCCCAUGUUGGUCUAGAGAAGGGCUAUCCUGAUCCGCUUUUGAAGGGUUUUGUUUUGUUUUAUUCCGUUUUAGUUCUUGGUUUGUUUCUGUUGCUCUUGUUUUCUUUCCCAUGUGAAGUGUUGAAGUUUUUAAUGUUUCUAGUUUCCAAUAUAACAGUGUGAAAUCAUUAUCAGUUUAUCACCUAUCAGAAACUGCAUUUGGCGAUUGCAAUUUAUAUGAUGAUAG